CCAGCAUUUCCUCCACCUCAUAUCAGCCAUUCCUCCCACAUCAAAAAUGUGACCAUAAUGGACGACUACAAUCGGUGUAGCUGCUCUGCAUUAUUUCCAUCAAUCGAACUAUUAGCAGACCACUUAGCUGAGAUUCGAUCCCAGGAAAGCUACCACGCUACACAGUUAAAGCAUUGUCGAACGCACUUGAUUAAUAAUCACUCAGACGACCAGCAAGGUGGCGAAGUGCCUCACGAUCCUGAUCCCGGAUGCAGGAUUUGCCCGUUUCCAGGCUGCAAGCGAACCGAGCCGUUCUCAACGAACUACAAACUUUGGCGUCACUAUGCGCAACAUAUCAGGAUUGAGGAAGUAUGCGUAUUUUGUUUCAAAUUAUUUGAGUUUGCAAGCGAGUUUAUCCGACAUUCCGAAGAAAAUCACAGGGCCAAAUCUGGCAGAAAAGCCGCAUAUAUGAAGGAAACGUUUAACGACGUCUCACACCACAUUACUACUCAAUUAUACACUACUAAGACUUCUUUUACAGAGAGGCUCAUUUUCAACUCAACAAGCGAAAGCAAAAAGAGGACUUAG